CGGAGAGGAUUGGAAGGCCGGGCGUAUAAAGCCGCGCAGAGAGCGUGAAACAAAGCAGUCGGAUCGGAAUUGGACUUGGGAGGCGCAGCGUGGAGUCAAGCAUAAAACUUGUCGGAGAGGAGUAACGAGCUGACUCCUCUGGUUCUCCUCUUCGUCUGCGUUGCGCUUCAAGGGGUUCCCACCAGCCUUGCGAUUUAUUUUUAUAUCUUUUUAUAGAAAGAAAUAUAUAUAUAUAUAUUUUCUUCUUAAGAGAACAUUCCUGUUCCAAGAGACUGUAAGGCAACAUCAAUGAAGGAGAGAAGAGCCAGCCAAAAAUUAUCUAGCAAAUCUAUCAUGGAUCCUAAUCAGAACGUGAAAUGCAAGAUAGUCGUGGUGGGAGACAGUCAGUGUGGGAAAACCGCGCUGCUGCACGUCUUCGCCAAGGACUGCUUCCCCGAGAAUUACGUCCCCACUGUGUUCGAGAAUUACACAGCCAGUUUUGAAAUCGACACACAAAGAAUAGAGUUGAGCCUGUGGGACACUUCGGGUUCUCCAUACUAUGACAACGUUCGUCCCCUCUCUUACCCAGAUUCGGACGCUGUGCUGAUCUGCUUUGACAUCAGUAGACCGGAGACUCUGGACAGUGUUCUAAAAAAGUGGAAGGGUGAAAUCCAGGAGUUUUGCCCCAAUACCAAAAUGCUCUUGGUUGGCUGCAAGUCUGACCUGAGGACAGAUGUUAGUACAUUAGUAGAGCUCUCAAAUCACAGGCAGACACCAGUAUCAUAUGAUCAGGGGGCCAAUAUGGCCAAACAAAUUGGAGCAGCUACUUAUAUUGAAUGCUCAGCUUUACAGUCAGAAAAUAGUGUCAGAGACAUUUUUCAUGUUGCCACCUUGGCAUGUGUAAAUAAGACCAAUAAAAAUGUUAAAAGGAACAAAUCACAGAGGGCCACGAAGCGGAUUUCACACAUGCCUAGCAGGCCAGAACUCUCGGCAGUUGCUACGGACUUAAGAAAAGACAAGGCAAAGAGCUGCACUGUGAUGUGAACCUUUCGUUAUCUUUAAUGAGGACAAAUGAAUCUAGUGUAAAAACAAGAGCAAAACACAAAGGUGAAGUCUGAAUGAAGUGCACAGCCAAAGCCACCUACACCGCAGACUUAGGAGGCCCCUGAGAGGGCGCCCAUUGUUGGAAUCCUGUCCUUAAGCUCGGCAAGCAGACCGAGUGUGAGAAGUGAAUACCUUGAGGUGUUUUGAAGUGUGACUUGAAAAAUAUGCCAAAAAGGAGUAAUACAAAUGGGCUAGAGAUAGGUGAGGAGGAAGGCGAGUACCUCCAAGAAGAAAAUGACACUCUGAGUGGUGCUCGCGUUUUUGUUUUGUUGUUUUCUUGUAACAUUCUAUUCAUGGAUUUAAUUUUUAAAUGUUUUAUUCUCCUUUACAAAAAAGAUAUAGUACUGUACCAUCUCAUUGGGGAACUGGCACUGUGACCUUAGCAUUUAGUUUUCUAGAGGAUGUGAUCUAAUUUCCUCCUAGCUCAUCAUUAAAGUGGAAAUUGUAUCAGGACCCGUGGGAUUCCAGAGGGAAACUUCAUGAGGCUUUGAAAUGUUGCCCUCCUGAAGAUGACUGCUGAACAAGAUGGUUCGAGAGGAAGGCGUUUUCAGCCUUGCAAGAUGCGUAGACCAGCACUACAAAGAUUGCCUAGAUCAAAUAGAAAUGUUGAUUUUUAUUCAGUCUGAUGGUUCUGUUCAAAAUUGUGAUUGUCAGUUAACAAGUGGCAAAUUGCUUAAUGUAAUAUUUUUGUGCGCUGUUUAGAAAAGAGGGUGUGUGGAUUUUUUUGGCCAUCAUUGAUGAAAAUAACAAAGUCAAAUGAAAGUGUCUUGGUUUGUGUCAUAGAAUGAUCCAAGGGAGAAAAACAUAGGUACUGUUUUCACCAGGAGAGGUAAUGAAUGAAGGAGUAGAAUUAGAAAGCACAGUUUGUGAGUAAAGGUGAGAGGAAAUACAUUACCAAAUGUACAAAGCAGAAGGACUCUUAUUUUGUGAUGAAGCUCCAAUUGGCAGCAUCUAGUGAUCUGUUGGUUUAUUUCACUUUCCUUAAAUGAGCAUCCAUUUGAGAAAGACCCACUUAUCCGAGCAUUAGAGAAUCCCUAGUAGAAAGUUAAACAAUGCCAGUCCUGACAUUACACUAGGGUCUUUCUCUUUCCUUCCUUCCUUUCUUCUUUGUUUCCUUUUUUUUUUUUUUUUUUUUUUUUUUUUUUUUGGUGGGGGGCAUUUCUAAGAGAGAGAGUGCUAAGACUCACUUAACCAGAUUCACCCAGGGUCCAGAAUUAAAGCUUGAUCUUCAUUGUUACAUAAAUAAUCAGCAUUUAAAAUAGUUUACAGAUAGAUUUUUGACCUGUUCUAUCUAGGGAUUCUUUCAGAGAAGAAGCCAGAUCUGACUUGUUUAUUGUUGGCGCUUGUUAAAAACGAGCUUUCUUUCCAAUGAUAAUGCUUCAUUUUUGAAGUGUUAAAGCUGUGCUCCCAUUAAAAUGUGGCAGGAGAGUAGAUUAAGGUAAUUACAACACUCAGUUCAGUGUCUUACAAGCACUUUGUUUUGUCUCUGCAAAAAAAAAAUACCAUUCAAGUCAUUUCCCACAAAAUAUAGACAUUUUCUGAAAAUAAUGUCCUUUGGUUGAUGCAGCAUUAUGCUUUGGGCAGUAUUACAAAAUAGCUGGCAAGUGCAUUCUGUAUUUAAAUAUUGUAAAAAGAAAAUAAGUUAUAACUGUUAUAAAGCAGAAUUUUUGUUGCAUUUUUUAAAAUGUUGAAGUCACUUUGUAUGUUUGUUUGGUCAGUGUUUCUGCAGUAUUUAUUAAAACAUACUUUUUUUUCCCCUCUUCAAAUAAAAACGUAACCAUGUCUUUGUCUAAAUGUGGCCUAAAUGGUCAUUUAUUCUCUACUUCCUAAUUUUCCCAUUUCACUUUGUUGUUUAAUAGAGACGAUUUUAGAAUCUGGCUUAACUUUUUCUGAAUAGGCAGGGUUUGAAAUUUUUAAAUUCUCAGCAGUAGGAAUUGUCAGAGAAAGAUAAAUCUGAAUUGAAGGGGCUUUUAUGAUGAUUUUAAAUCAUAAGAAAACGAGGCAUAUUUAGAUUAAAUUAAUUUUAAAAGCCAGUAUACUGCCUAGAAUUAAGCCAAAGAAAGGAUAGAAAUUUCCUGAAGUUACUAGUUAAACAGUGUGAUCUGUUCUCAGACCACAGACUUAAUUCUUUCUUCCCUCCUCUUCUCUCCUCUCUUUUUUCCUUUCUUUCUCCCUUUCUUCCUCUCCCCUCCCCUUUCCUCCCUUCUUCUUAGUAGCAGAGAUUGAAUCCAGGGCCUUUGCAAUGAGGUAUGUCCUCAGCUUUUUGAAAUUUAAAAUUUGGAGAUGGGGCCUCAUUAAGUUACUUCAUUAUUGAGGUUUUUCUGGAACUGAGGAUCCUCUUGUCUGAGGCUUCCUGAGAGACAUGUUUAAUUCUAAUGUGACCAUAGGUAGCUACUUUGUUUUCUGGGGCUCUGAGUGUUGAUCCCUACCUCAGCUAUCCACCUUGACAAGGCAUAUUCUUGUUCACAUUAGCCAAUUUUGUGGAUGAUUCAAGAGUGAGCAAUUUGUGGAAGGAAAACACUAGUCUCAUAGCAUCCUAAACGAUACAACAGUAUCAUACUGGUUUCCCUACUGGCUCAAACAAAUUUAGCAUGGAAUAGCUGAGGAUAGAGGCCUUGGUGUCCAGAGCUAAAGUCAAUUCUGUUCUGUUAAAAUCCUUACUUUACAUAUGCCCAAAGACAUUCCAUGUGGAACUCUUUCAACACAGUUAUGACACUUUGUGUAAAAAUCGCAUUUUUGUGUAUUUUUUAAGUGGCUUUAGAAAUUUUUCAGUUCACAAUUCUCAGAAGCAGAAAGCAAAAAGGAAACCAGAGAAUUCAUGAAUAAACAAGUAAAGAUAGCCAUGUAAAAAACAAAUGUAAAAGCACAAGGAUUAACCGAAUAUCUUUGUAAUUCCUUCCUGUCAUCAAAUACUAAAGAGAAUAAAAGUACUUUCCAAA